AUGCGGUACUUUACGCCCAGGUCUUCGCAAGUGGAUUCCGAAAACAGAAAGUGUUUCAAAUGUCUAAAAUAUGGCCAUUUAGCCAGAAACUACCAUCAACGAGAAGGUGGAAAUACAGAUGAGCUGAUAGGUGACCGAAUUAUUAAACAGUUAAGCCUAUUGGGUGACAAGAAUCUAGCACUGGUAGACACAGGCUCAAUAAUCAGUGCAAUUCCAGUAGAUACUAAGCUAGCUGAAGCCCAAAAUAGGGGAGUUGACGUGGACACACUAAGACUUGUUGAGAAGUCUCAACUUGCGCAUGUUUUCGGGGCAUCCAAAAGAAGCAUGGAAUUUCUAGAAGCAGUAUUCAUUGAGACGGAGCUAGAAGGAGGAAAUCGGGGAUUGGUACCGCUUCAAAUUAGCCCAAGUAAGGGCAGUGAGAUUCUCUAG